AUGGAAACGUUUCAUAUUACAUGUGAUGAUGGCACUAUCGGUUGGGGUGAACCCGUUGUGGAAGGUAGAGCACAAACAGUAGAGACGGCUGUUAAGGAUCCUCGAGAUAUUGAGAAACAUUGGCAAGCAAUUUAUCGUGGUACAUUUUAUCGCAAUGGACCUAUUUUGACCAGUGCUCUGUCUGGCAUUGAACAAGCACUAUGGGAUAUUCUUGGAAAACAUUUAAAGGUCCCUGUUUGGCGUUUACUUGGUGGAAAAGUACGUGAUCGAGUACGAAUGUAUGGGUGGUUGUCGUUAGAACCCACUGGUGAUUAUAUUGAUUUAUUUUGUAAAAAUAUCAAUGAAAAUAAAGAAGGCUUUACAGCCUAUAAAACGUGUCCAUUACCUGCAAUGCAAAUGAUUGAGCAACCGUAUGUGUUACAUCAAAUUGUUGACAAUGUAACGCUAUUGCGUAAUAAAAUAGACAAAAGAAUUGACAUUGCGCUGGAUUUUCAUGGACGUUCGACACCGAUUAUGUCUCGUCGUUUAGCUCAUAUGAUCGAAGACCUGGAUAUCAUGUUUAUCGAGGAACCUGUGUUGCCUGGUGAUGUUAAUGCAUUGAAACAAAUAAGCUCAUCCACAACGAUUCCAGUUGCUACCGGAGAACGUCUUUUUACUCGUUGGCAGUUCAACGAAGUGAUUGAGCAACAAGCAGUCGCUAUCAUACAACCAGAUAUUUCACAUUGCGGUGGUAUAAAUGAAGCAAAAAAAAUUGCUGCUAUGGCUGAAGCAAGAAAUAUUGCUGUAGCACCACAUUGCCCGCUAGGUCCGAUUUCACUGGCAGCGUGUUUACAAUUUGCCACAUGUACUUGGAAUUUUUUAUGUCAAGAACAUUUAACAUUAGGCAGUGAUUAUUUAGUAACACCCUUCCAAGUAAUCGAUGGUUAUGUCAAUGUAUCAGAGUUACCGGGAUUAGGUAUUGAAGUUGCUGAUGACAAGCUGACAGCAGGUCUAUUCAAUGGUGACUGGGAAACGCCACAAUUCAGAUUAAAAGAUGGUAGUUUUGCUGAAUGGUGA